AUGGAAAAGACUAAUCCCAAAAUUUCGGACUCUGACGAUGCUCGUUCUCCGUCAGAGAAUGAGAAGCACGUCGAAGGCGGUGUACCUGUCGAUGUUGUCACUACCUCAGAUCCAGAUGAAGGUCUGAGUGAGGAAGAGCGAAAGCAUAUUGACCGCAAAUUGCUCUGGAAACUUGACAUUAAGCUGAUCCCAUGGCUUUGCUUGCUCUACCUGAUUUCUUUCUUGGACCGGACCAAUAUUGGAAACGCCAAAAUCGACGGUCUUCAAGAAGACUUGAACCUGACCAACAACGAAUACAAUGAUACUUUGACAAUCUUUUUCAUUUCAUAUUCGCUGUUCGAGCCUUUCACGCAGAUUUUGUUGAAACGGUUUAGGCCGUCCAUCUUUCUUCCCACAAUCAUGAUUUUAUGGGGUAUCUGCAUGACUACAAUGGGUCUUGUCCACAACUUUUCUGGUCUCAUGGCAGCACGAUGGUUCCUUGGAUUGACUGAAGCGGGCCUAUUCCCUGGCGUCAAUUACUACCUAUCUUGUUGGUACAGACGAUCUGAGUUCGGUAUUCGAGCGGCCAUAUUUUUUUCUGCGGCGGCUCUUGCCGGAUCUUUUGGUGGCUUGCUCGCCGCGGCUAUCGUCCAGAUGGAUGGGGUGGGAGGUAAACCAGGCUGGGCAUGGAUCUUCAUCCUCGAAGGCCUUGCUACGAUCAUCAUUGCUGGGCUGUCGUAUUUCAUGGCAAGCUUCUUGCCAUCACCGUGGCUAGAACGCUCGCGGGCUAACAUGGAACACAGCGAAGAUGACCGGCGUCGUGUGAUUCGGCGCCUUAAACUAGACAAACAAUCUAGCGCUGAGCACGAAGCAUUCAAAAUGCAGUAUUUCUGGGCGGCCGCCAAGGACUGGAAGACCUGGACAGGCGCCAUGAUUUACAUGGGCUGUGACGGUGCUCUUUAUGCAUUUUCUCUCUUCAUUCCUACCAUCAUUCAGCAAAUGGGGUAUAAGAGCAUACACGCGCAGCUGCUCAGCGUGCCACCUUAUGCUGUGGCUGCGGCGGUAACGAUUUUCGUUGGUUUUAUUGCUGACAGAACUAGAACGAGAGGCUACUGUAAUAUGGUCAUGGCCUUGUUUGGCAUAGCCGGUUUUGGUAUGCUUCUGGGCUCGGGAGAACCGCACGUCCAAUAUGCAGGCACAUUCUUGGGUGCCAUGGGAAUAUACCCGUGCAUUCCAAACACGAUUACUUGGACAGCGAACAAUGUCGAGGGCGUCUACAAGCGAGGUAUCGCCUUGGGAUUCGUCAUUGGAUGGGGCAACCUGAAUGGAAUUAUGUCUAGUAACAUCUACCGCGCACAAGACAAGCCUCGAUUCCGUCCUGGCCACGCCGUGGUUCUCGGCUACGAAGCUGUCUUUCUUCUAGGUGGCAGUAUCCUGCAGCACAUCCUCUUGAGAAGAGAGAAUGCCAAGCGCCGGGCGGGCGAGAGGGAUGUGUGGGUGGAGGGCAAGACCGAGGAGGAGAUUGAGAAGUUAGGGGACCGGAGGCCCGAUUUCAUCUACACUCUAUGA